AUGAAAUUUCACGCCCCAAGAUCAGUGUCGCCCUCACCGGAACGAGUGACGCGCAGGCCAAGAGGAACGUCGACAUUUGGGCUAUAUUCCGACUCUGAGUCAGAAGAGUACAACUCGGAGGUCGAGGACAGCUUUGCACAUUCGGACACAGAGUCAGCAAGCUCUUCAUCGGCGAAUGGAUCAACUUUUGAGCUAGUGUCAGAUAUCAACAAACUCUCAUUACGGCCAAGACAUAUCCAACGCACACCACUUGAAGAGCGUCAGAUAGAAGAAACGAUAUCUGCAAUACGCCUUCGCGCACGGUAUCAAGAUCCCUACGAGGAAUGGGAAAAAGGAGUCCGAAGAGAUGCACUUAACACUGCCCGAAAACAAUUUACCGAAUACGAAGCCCAAAGAAACUCUGAACAAGAAGAAAAGCGACGAGUUCAACUGGAACAGCUAUCGUCUCGGUAUGCAGCAGAGGCAGCUUCUAUUCAUCAGCGGUCCGAGGAGAUGAGAAUGAGGGCGCUACGGGAAGAGACCGUCCUGAAAGAGCAGUGGCAGAAACGCGAAAAGGAACUGUGGGACAGGAUCGAGGCUGUCAUCAAAGCAGAAGAGGACAAGCUUGCCAAGAAAUUAGAGGAGGAGAGGAGAGUCCGAGAAGAGGAGGAGAAAAAGCGCAAAGAGGAGGAGUUGCGCCGGCGGCUGAUCGAGGAGAAGAAGCUGAAGGAGGAAGCUGAAAGAUUAAAGGCAGAGGCGGAGAAGAAAAGAGCGGAGGAAGAACAACUACAACGAGAGAAAGAAGAAGAAGAACAAAGAAAGAAGUUGGAGGAAUUCAAGAGCAAGGAAGGGGACGCCGAAAACAAGCUGCGAGAGGCACUUCAACUUGCGCCAGCUGAGGAAGACUGGAGAGUCGCUCGGACAAAUUUACAAAAUCUCAAGACAGGCCCAAUCGCGUUUGUCAAAUCGAACAAGGAGUACAAAGCAGAGUGUGGUCGUCUGCGUAGGCUAAUUACGCCCAGAAUUGGACAACUAACAAACGACGCUGAGUCGAUUAAUAGAAUAACCAAAGAACUUUUGCAGAUCAUGCGACCCCCAAGCGGGCGUCCACACGAACCCACUAUUUACGCAACUCUUUGCUCGGCACUUGCGAAAGCCAUACUUCUUCAGGCAGAAACAGAAGUCACAGCAGAACCACGUAUAGCAGAAGCUCUUGGCCAGGUCGCCUUCACUCUCUGCGAAACACUCGACAAUUUUGCGUCCAUUUUCUUCGCCAAACUCGUCCAACGCUGUGGAGGGUGGCCGAUCGGGAUAAUACCACCCAGCCACACCCUCGAUAACAAACCUUGGGAAUCUCGCGAAGAUUAUACAAAAGCCUCGGGAUGGAGGAAGAGUAUGGUCGCCGAAGGCUUGGAAUCUGUCAAAGAUCGCUCACAGCGCAUUGCUGCCAUGAUGAGGGUUUAUUUUUGUGUCAUCAAGAUUACGCCCAUGCAGAAGCCUCUGGACAGCAUGUUCCAGAUAACUCGAGCCUGGACAUGGUUUGCGAGAAUAACAUCGGAUACCAGGUUGUUACAAGAUCCGGUAGCUCCAUGGCUUAUCUUCACGGCACUCGACGUCCUUGGUUUGGAAGCUUGCAAUGUUUGGGGAAAACAAUGGAUCAAGAUGCUCAUGCUCAUCUACGAAGGCAUAACCACUGGCUACGAAAAUGGCAAACUUAUAGGCGGUGAUUCUACAGAGAGCGCUCAUGCCCGCACUCGAAUCACCUUUACUCUGGGCAACAUUAUUAACGGGUGCUUUCGUGAAAUUGUGCCCACCUGGGUCAUGCUAGCAUCCUCUUCAGGCAUGUCAUUGACCUCCGCAACUGUCAGCCUUUUACUUGUAAACUUCACAGUUCUUGUUGCCAUUGUUCUUAUUUCCAGCAGCAAAUCUUUGGUCAAAAUGGCCAGCAUUAAACUGUUCUUUAACAAAUUAUUUCAGCCAAUACUCCUCGCCACUUCAAUCCCCCCUCCCUUGUUCUCGGAUUCAGGCAGUUUCGCACAGUCUGAAUUUCCGCGUCACUCAUUCCCUUUGGAAAUAAAAGAUUGGAGAGAUAUACUGGUAUUCCUAUAUACACAUGGCGACGCUCAGACGCGCCAACACGCGGACCAGUACAAAGUUAUCGACAUAUCGCGCUACGCAUUCAAAGAGGCACCUGAACAUCAAAUUAUCAUUGCCGAAGUAGAAACUGGGAAAGGGCCUCGCAAACUUCUGCGAAUCGAGCGUGAUACCGGCGCCAAAGACGUUUCACUUGACCAGUCGAUUAUCUCUGCCCCUGCUCUACAGGACACGCCUAUUCCCGAUCCGACGAAGUGGGCAUCUACUCAAAAACCGGGAAUCAGCUUCGAGGUUUCGCAUCCAUCAACAUCCAUUUAUGCUGCAGGAUGCCGCCCUAACUCGAACGCCGCAACGUCUUUUGUGGACAGCGUGCAAACUACAUUCAAAAGCGAUUUGACAAAUUACAGUCUUGUCGACAAUGUCAACUUAUCCUCGAGUUUUAACCUCCAUCACUUUGCUAUGCUUCUGGUCGAGGUUCAAAGCUACACAUUCCAACAACUGAACCAACAACAAGAGCAAACAUGUGCCUUGUUUGCGGGAAUCGUCAUGCGUGUCGUUGCAGACGCCCUGGGCACUGGGGCCUCGACUUCUGUGUCGCCUUCAGCAGGGCUAGAUAUUAGCUCAGAAACGUUGAAGCAGAUACAGGCGGCGUUUCAGAGGCGUAGAGCUGCAGUUGAUCUACAGAUCAAGACUGGUAUGUCCACUGAAGGGAGCCUGCCGGAACACUCGCAGUUUACGAAAAGAGAUAUCGAGCAUGCUGAAUAUUCCCAAUAA